GCGUUAGCAUCUAAUAGUCUGUGUUUCAGCGGCACUUUUAGGAUGUGUGUGGGUCGAAUUCAUUUUUCUUUUAACAUUUUGUUAUACACUUAUACCCUACACAAAUACUAAUUGCAAUUAUUAUGUCUUGCCUGCUUCAAAUGAUAUCGUACGAAGAGUAUUUAGCCGCUGAAUCUUUGCCUCUGGAAAGGUGUCAAAUAUUUGCGAAAUUGGCUAACUUGAAAAUCCAAUUCACCAACACAACACGCCCUGGACGACUUCUAAUAGAGACUCUAAAUCAGCUUGGUUAUAAUGCAGAACAAUACAGAAACUAUUUGGCAACGGUUAAGAAUACUAAAAUAGUCCGUACAUUCUAUCAACCUUAUUCCAAAGUAGCUAUUCUAAUAGCUAAUAACAGAUACACGUAUUUAUCAAGAUUAUCAACACCACCACAUGAUUGCGAUUCACUCGGAUCUUAUUUGAAGACGUUAGGCUUUAUUGUUGUUACUGUAAAAAAUACAACAAGUAAUGAUCUGAAAGUUAUAUUGAAUAAGUUGUUUCAGGAGAUACCACAAAAUUCUUAUUGUUUUAUAUUCUAUGCUGGACAUGGCUGUGAAUUAAGCAACACGAAGUUCAUACUGACCAUAGACUGUCCAACAGAGGACAUAAGAGAGGAACAUUGCGUUACUGAGAAUUUUGUACUCAAUUCUGCUGCAAAGUGCAAGCCAGAACUAUGUAUUUUGAUUAUGGACAUGUGUAGGAUUCAUUUAGACAGACCAGCAAAUCCUGGUAUCUUCACAUCAAUACUGUUCAUACCACCAAGCAUAAUUCACAAGAAUCUCCUCCUUAGUUAUUCUACACAAUCAUCGCAGGCAGCUUACGAAAUGAUUGAACUGGAAACUUCUACGACUAUAGACAAUGAAGUAACUUAUGAAAUAAAGACCGGGGACACAGAUAGAAUAAUGCCUAUGGCCAGUCAAUAUGUAAACGCUUUGUAUACGAGACUGGAAGAAGAUUUGGAUGUUAGUUGUUUGUUAGACAUGGUACAUGCUGAUGUGGAGAAAUCAAUGCGAGAGCAGAGACCGAUCAAAGUACAAUGUGGAACUGAUAAAAGGUCGUUGUACGAUCCUGCCACAGGAGAUAUUGAAGAACUAUUUGAAAAACUAAAAGAAGUAGAGAAGAUAAUGAAAGAAAGUAUAAAGUAUGAAUAUUUUGAUAUAAAUGUGAAUAGACCAACAGAAUGCACUUUUAUGGUCAUGAAAUUCUAGCUUUCAUAGUAAGGUUUUUUAUUUGUCAAAGUUGGAUAGCUAAGGGAUUUUGUAGACAGAAAGCGGUACCGCAUUCAUACAUGUAUUCUGCCUACAUUGUACAGAUCGUUGCUAUAAAAAAUGUCAAAAUUUCGUCUAAUACCUAGAUGGCGCUGAUCAAUAGCCUGGAAGUAGUUUAUAUUAAGUAAAUGGCCGUGGAUAUCAAAUAAUUCCACUUAAAUAUGAAAUAUAGGAAGUCAGGUGUUUCCUUCUAAUAUUAUUCAAAUAUUGAUCAUAUCGUCUGCUUAAAGGUAAAAAAAAACCACAUAAAUGACAUUUUCCACAAAAAAUAACCAUCGUACAAAUGAUGUACAAGUUGUAAGAAAUUCACCAUCUUUCAGCAGCUAAAACUCUUAUUAAGUUUAGAUUUUUUUUGUUAUUGAGUUUCUCGUGUAGAAAGAUAGUGAUUUCCUUACUAUAGCCUUUAAACAGAUGAUAUGCGUAUCGAUCUUAGACCAUAGUCUAAGAUCCAUCCUCUAAGAUAUCAGUAGAAGGAAGGCAGUGUGUAGGUAUUAACAAAGUAAUUUAUAAAUUGAUGCUUCCUAAUAUGGGUAGAUGGCGCUAAUCCUAAACAAAAGAAAAAAUUGCCGGCAC